AUGGCUCAGAACAACCAUAAUACUGUUCCUGAGCCUAUGGUGUCCAGCGAUGAUGAGAUGCGGGAGACCGAAAGUUUCAAAGAUAAAUCCUUGGUUGAGUUGGUAUCCAUCCUACCCUGUCGACUACAAAUGGCAAUCAUGACGAAGAAACCAGAAUUUGAGGAAAAUUCCAACUAUUAUGUUUUCUCAACUGACGAACAGCUGUUGUAUGCUAAUUUUUACCAAGAUUUUGGCCCAUUAAACUUGGCAAAGCUGUACCGCUACUGUACGUUUUUGAACAAUGAGCUGCAGCAAGAAGCGCGUGCCACGAAAACGUUUGUCCACUAUACGCGCAAGGAGCCGAAAAAAAUUCUUAACGCUGCAUAUCUUAUUGGAAGCUACUGCAUCAUCUAUCUGCGGUUCAAUGUACAGACGGUAAUGAAGGCUCUCGGUCCGAUACUGAAAUAUGCAAAUGGUGUCAAAUAUUGCGAUGCUUCGAUAAACGAUUUGGCAUUUCUACCGCUUAAAGAUUGCCUGAGCGCUGUGCAGAAAGCAGUGCAACGCAAUUUUUUCAACUUUGAUGAUUUCAACGUGAAAGAUUACGAGUACUACGAAUGUGUGGAGAAUGGUGAUUUUAAUUGGAUUGUGCCGCAAAAGCUGCUGGCAUUUUGUGGACCGAAUUCCCGCACCGAGCGCACCAACGAUUCGGUCAUGCUAGGACCGGACGUGUAUUUGGACUACUUUCAAGCACACAACGUCACCGCGGUGGUGCGCUUAAACUCUCCUAAGUACGAUGCCCAUACAUUCAUUAAUGCGGGCAUACAGCAUUUUGAUCUGUACUUUUCGGACGGAAGUACGCCCAGCGACAGGCUGACGAAGUUAUUUUUAAAGCUCUGCGAAAGUGCGCGCGGUGCCAUUGCCGUUCACUGCAAGGCUGGACUUGGCCGAACGGGAACACUCAUCGGAGCGUACUUGAUCAAGCAUUAUCAGUUCACUGCAAUGGAGGCGAUCGCUUGGCUUCGCAUAUGUCGGCCCGGUUCAGUCAUCGGUCAGCAGCAAGCAUGGCUAAACAGCAAGCAGAUCCAACUGCUGCAAGAUGGAGAGUUGUAUCGCCAGCAGCGUCAACACCACACGCACAAUCUGCCCGAAAAACAUGCUCGAGGAAUAUACAGUCUGCAUGUGGGCCCGGAAAUCGAAGAACCACAAAACCCCAAGCAAGCGUCCGUAGAACCGGCCACUGGUCAAACAAACGAGUCGGAAAAUGUGCAACGCAUUUCGCAACGUGUCGACACGAUGUGUCUUAACGAUGCAGACGAGCAAGAGGGUGAUCGUUUGGACGUUGCAUCGAAGGCAAACAACAACGUCGUGCAUUGCAAGCCAAAUCGGAUUAAAAAGGUCGCCAAGCUAACAUCGCGCUACAUCCGGGGAAAUCGGUUGAAUGGUGGGCGUACUAUUGUAACUACCACCACCACCACUACUACUACUAUCCGACGUGGACGUGGGAAUGUUACCGUUCCGCCGAUGACUGGUACACCGCAACGUGCGGCACUGCAAGAAACACACGUUAGCCGCCGGAAAACUACCGUCACCAGCCGGCAGACGGUUCCUGGUCGUACAGAAACAAUAUCUGCCCCAUCGGUUCGUAACCAGCGUAACGCUUCGGUGCAAACUGCAUCGCAAGGUGAUCAGCUGAAUUCAAUCAAAGCCGCCAGACGCCAACAUGUGCCAACCGAGUCGAGCCUAAAAAAACCCAGAAAUGAUAAAAUUAUUACAUCACCAUCAACAACAAUUACCAGUCCCUUUGACCGUCACAACACACCUGCAUCGAAUGGUGGUGAAAAAGAUAAAGGUGACGGUACGGCGCAAACCCGGAAUGAACCGAACCGGAACAAUAAUCCACCGGAUGGUGGCACACCGAUCAAACCGAUCGUAAAAAAGUUGGUUCUGGUUCCGGAACAAGCUUUACUGGAACCCUGCCAUCCGUUAGCAACGGAUCAUCUUGGAAACAUCACACCCCCUUCAACUGUGCGUACGGCUAAAGGGGACAGCACAUCACAGAGCGUCGAUAAACCUAAUUCACAAACAAUGCCCCUGCCGACGCUUAGAUCUCAGCGGUUUUUUACUCAAGUCACCACCACUGUCAGUCAGGGAAAGUACAUAACGUAUGAAACGUCAUUGGAGUUAAAUCGAGUGUUAAGGUAAGCAAUCUUUGCCGGUACUUUGUCAAUGCUGCAUCCUAUGAAGCUGCUGAAGAAAAGCAAAACCCUUGAAACGCUGUUAGGGUUUAAUGCCUACAACAACGAAAUUCCAGCAAAGCUAACCUGGAAUGUGGAAGAGAAGAAAUUUACGAUUCGGGUAUCGUUCGACUUAGAGGAACUGAAUAGCCGGCACCCAGUGGAGGCGUUAAUGUUUCCGCCGCACAGAGAGGCGACGACGCUUUCAGCAGCGAGCGAACAUAAGAGACAGUUCGAAGCGAUCGUGAUAGGAACGUGCGAGGAUGAGACAGGACCGAACGUUAACUUCUCGGUGAAGCUAAACCUGAAGCAGGUGUUGGACAGACCGAAGGUGCAAGGUACUAAUACCACCAGACCCGUCCCCCAGCCAUGUUCCUCGAAGAGUGUUAAGCCGCUGUGUUCCUCCACCACGGGUCAUGAGACAGACACGGCCUACAAUAUGGUACUGCUCGAUCACAACGGUAACGACGCAUCACCAGCGACACAGCACGAGAAGCAACAAACAGUAACGCCCCGUACCGCGAAUGCCAACGCGGAAACGGAUACCAUACGACCGUACAAACGUUUGCGCGUGGAUGUGUCGCGACUGUGA